AUGUCAGACCGGAAAGCCGUCAUCAAGAAUGCGGACAUGAGCGAAGAGAUGCAGCAAGACGCUGUAGACUGCGCAACGCAGGCCAUGGAGAAAUACAACAUCGAAAAGGACAUCGCGGCCUUCAUCAAGAGGGAGUUUGACAAAAAGUACAACCCUACAUGGCACGCUAUCGUCGGCAGGAAUUUCGGGUCUUAUGUUACCCACGAGACGAAGCACUUUAUCUACUUCUACCUCGGUCAAAUCGCUAUCCUUCUGUUCAAGUCCGGAUGA